AUGAAAAUUUUGUAUACAUUUUAUAUUUAUACUAUCUUCUUCUUACAUAAUUUUAUUUUAAGUUCUUCAAAUUUUUGUAAUUAUGGAGAAUAUUUUAAAAAUAAUAGUUGUUUUCCAUGUGAAAAAAACACUUAUUCAAAUUAUAAAAAUUCUGAAAUAUGUUUUAAUUGUCCUCCUUCUAGUAUAAAUAACAGAACUUCUUCAAAAUAUAUUUAUGACUGCUCAUGUGAAAGUAAUUAUUAUUUAAAUCACAUGGAUAAUAGUUGUGAUAGCUGUUUUGAUUUAAAUAAUAAUUUCUAUUGUGAAAAUAAUUUAAAUGAAUUAUACAUAGAUGAUAUAGAAGCAUUUUUUUUUAAAAAAAAAGAAGAAUUUCCUUUUAAAAAUUUCGAUAGAUGCUUAAUAAAACAAGAUAAAAAAAAUAUCUAUCCAUUUAUGAAUAAUGUUUAUAUUUAUUGUAAAAGAGCAGAUAUCUGUUUAGACAUUUGUGGGAAAUGUUCAGAAUAUAAUGAGGGAUUUAUAUGUAAUAAUUGCAUAAAAAAAUAUUUUAAAAAUAUAUAUUUAAAAUAUUCUAAAUGUAAGAGGUGUUAUAAAAUUAUAGUUAUUUUAUUAAUUAUUAUAAUAUAUUGUUUUAUAUUAUUUAUAUUUUUUUUCAUAUUAUUAAAAUACAUAAAUAUUAGCCUUUAUUUUCAUCAUUUUAAUAUUUAUGAAAAGGGAACAAUAUAUUUUUUGCAUUAUUUUCGUGAGUUCACUUUUUAUUUAUCUCUUAUUUUUAUCUUAAGUAUAUUAAAUGAUAUAACAGAAAAUGAAAAAGAGCAUUACAACUCUUAUGAAAAAAAAAAUUAUAAAGGACUAUAUUUAUACAAUGGCAAUAUAAAAAUUCAUUAUCUUCUUAAUAUUUAUAUGCAUAACUUUUUUUUUGAUUUAAUUAAAAUUAUUCAUUUAAACUUCAUAAACUUUUUCAAAAUAGACUGUUUUUAUUCUAAUAACAGAAAUUCUAAAAUACAUACAUUACAAGUAUUUAUUUUUGUAUUCAUUUUGUUAAUCUUUAUUAGCAUCACCUUAAUAUGCAACUUCAUUUUUUUAUACUUAAGAAAAAAGGGAAUUAACUUACUAAAAGAUUAUGGAAAGAUUGGAGACAAUUUACUAAAUGAAGAUAAUUUAUUAAAUAGCAAUAAUGAAAUAGAAAAAAAAAAAAAAAAAAUACAAAAAUUUAAAUAUUUCUUUUUAUAUCCAUUAUUUCUACCUAAUUAUGUUUUUUGCAAUUAUGUAAACGUAAAAUUUUUUUAUUAUAAUGAUACCAUUGAUUUUUUAAAAACGUCUUUUCAAAUAGUUUAUUAUCAAUUUAUAUUUAUAACUUUAUACGUAUGUAAUUCAAUUAUUAUUUUUAUCUUUAUUUCAUCUCAUAUAUGUAUUGGUUUAUUUAGUUAUUAUAUAUCUUAUUAUGAUACUAUUACAAUGUGUUAUAACAAUUUUCAUUUUAAAAUGACUAAAUUUAUGACUAUACCUAUCAUUUUGUGUUUUUGCUUUUUAUUUUACCUAGUCCUAUUUAUUUAUAUUUUUAUAAUAACAUAUAAUUUUCAAGAUUAUUAUAAAUAUAAGUAUAUAUAUGGAUUUUACACUUUUUUAUAUAAUAAAAAUAAAUGCUAUUACUUUAUUCUAAAAAUAUUGUUUAUAAAUAUUUUAUUUAUAUCUACAAUUCAAUUACCUGAUUUCUUAAGUUGUCUAGUUUACGUAUCUUUUUUAUUUCUUUUUUUGAUUUGCUUAUCUUUAUUCAUUAACCCUUUUAUUAAAAUAAAAAAUUAUAAUUUGAAAUUAGAAAGCUUUUUUAUUAUGUUUUUAUUUUUUUUUAAUUUACAACUAGAGCAAAUAAGAAUAAUAACGUAUAAUAUAACCUUAAGAAUACUUCUUUCUUUUAUUACUCUAUUUAUAUAUUCGUUCAUUUUAUUUUAUUACUUAUAUUAUAUGUUAAAAGAUAUAUAUUUAUAUUUUAGUCUUUAUGUAAAAUAUAUAAAAAUGAAAAGUGGUUCCAAUAUAAAGAUUAGAAAAAAUAUAUAUGAUUCAUCCACUAAUGAUUUUUUCUUUCAUUAUUAUUUAAAAAAUAAAAUGAAUAUAGAUUUAUAUUACAAUGAAGAUAAUAAAAAAAAACUAUCUCAAAAAAAUAAUGAUGAAGUUUUUUUAGAAAGUUGUGAUGUUUCUAAUAUACUUUACAAGAAAGAAAAUUCUGAUGAAAUAAAAAAUCCUUAUAAAAUAUCAAAAAAAGAUACAGACUAUAUUUAUAAUCAGUGUGUACUAAUAUCUCCAUUUAUACCAGAAACGAUAACUCAACUAUUAUUUAUAACAAAAAAUAUAAAUUAUAUAAUUCGUUUAAAAACAAAAGAACAAUAUAUGAAAAUAUAUAACUUUUUAUUUGAAAAUGGUUACAUAGAAAUUCAGAAAACAUCUAUUGAUAGAUUUAUAUCAAAGUCACAAUAUAUUUACAAAAAAGUUUUUAAUGGGAACUAUCAAAAGUUUAGACAAGAAAUGAUAAAUAUAUUUGCAAAUAUAGUUAAGAAUCUUAAAUGUUUUAGAGAUAUAUAUGUAAGAGAAUGUAUUGCUAAAAAAAUUAAAGAUAAAUAUAAAAUAAAUGAAAUUGAUAAAAACAAAAUAAAAUAUGAUGAAAAUUAUGAACAAAAAAAUAUUAACACAUUCUUGUAUAAGUUAAGAGAUUUAAAUAAAAAUUCAAAUGACAAGAAUCAUAUAUUUUUUCAGUUAUUCCCAAGCACAGUUGUUCUUAAAAGAGUACAAAAAAAAAAAAAGAAAAAAAAAAAUGAAAUACAGAAUUUAAAUAAUUUAAAUAAUUUAUAA